AUGGCCCUGGGAAGAUGCUUUUCAGAAGGUUGUACCUCGGAGGGAGCAGCAGUGAAACAGGUCUCCUGGUUCCUGAUCUACAGUUGUGUCUGCUCCUGUGUCUGCUGGGGAGUCUCCGUCCCAGCGCAGGAAGGAGGUAAGGGGCGGAAGGCUGGGACAUUCACUUGCUUCAGCAACAGUGUUUUCAGGAUUGACUGUCACUGGUCAGCUCCAGAGCCUGGCUCCAGGGCCUGGCUCCUCUUUACCAGUAACCAGGUGACUGACACCAAGCACAAGUGCACCUUCUGGGACAGUAAGUGUACCUUGGUGCUGCCCAAGGAGGAGGCGUUCUUGCCCUCCGACAACUUCACCAUCACACUCCACCGCUGUGUCAUGGGACGGGAGCAGGUCAGCCUGGUGGACUCGCAGUAUCUGCCGAGGAGACACAUCAAGCUGGAUCCGCCCUCUGAUCUGCAGAGCAAUGUCAGCUCUGAGCGUUGCGUCCUGACCUGGGGUAUCAGUUUUGGUCUGGAGCCCUUGAUCACAUCCCUCAGCUAUGAGCUGGCCUUCAAGAGGCAGGAAGAGGCCUGGGAGCAGGCCCGGCUCAAGGACCGUAUCGUUGGAGUGACCAGGCUUGUACUUGAAGCCAUCGAACUGAAUCCUGAUUCCAUCUACGAGGCCAGACUGCGUGUCCAGAUGGCGUUAGAGAGUGAUGAUGACAAGACGGAGGGGGAAUAUUAUAAGAGCCAUUGGAGCGAGUGGAGCCAGUCCGUGUCCUUUCCGUCUCCCCGCAGGAAGACUCAGGGGCUCCUGGUCCCACGCUGGCAGGGGUCAGCCAGCAUCCUCGUUGCUGUGCCCAUCUUUCUUCUGCUGACCGGCCUUAUCCACCUUCUCUUCAGGCUGUCUCCCAAGGUGAAGAGAAUCUUUUACCAGGAUGUUCCCUCUCCCGAGGCAUUCUUCCAUCCUCUCUACACUGUGUACCAUGGGGACUUCCAGACCUGGAUAGGGGUCCGCAGAGCCGGACCACAAGCAAGACAGGAUGGUGCCAGCACUCCGUCGGGAGACUCAGAGUCCAGCAUCUGGGAGGCCAUCGCCACACUCACCUAUAGCCCAGCAUGCUCUGUGCAGUUUCCCAGCCUGAAGUGGGAGGCCACAGCCCCUGGCUUCCCAGGGCCCCCAGGCUCAGAGCUUGUGCUGCCGGCAGGGUGUCUGGAGUUGGAAGGACAGCCAUCUGCCUACCUGCCCCAGGAGGACUGGGCCCCACUGGGCUCUGCCAGGCCGCCCCCUCUAGACUCAGACAGUGGCAGCAGUGACUACUGCAUGCUGGACUGCCGUGAGGAGUAUGACCUCUCAGUCUUCCCAGAACACACCCAGAGUCCCGAGUUCACACUGGCUCAGCCUGUGGCCCUUGCUGUGUCUAGCAGGGCCUGAUAGCUACCGAGGGAUGUGGGCAUUCUCAUCCCUCCUUAUUCUCAGAUGGCACCAGAUGCAGAGACAGCGUACCUCGGCUAGAUGCGCCAUGUCUGUUUGGGGGAGGUGAACAAAAGGCCCUGG